AUGGUGGACACAGAACAGGAUUAUGAAGCAAUUCGGCAGGAAAACAUUCGCAAGAAUGCCGAGCUCAUGCUCUCUCUCGGUCUGAACCCAACCACAACGCGGCUGCGACCGCCUUCACCAGAGAGGAAGGCGCCAACACCGAGACGAAGGAGGAGCCCAUCGGAAACCCCCGAUCCAAGCGAAUCUUCUGCACAGGGCCGCAAAUCAUCACGCAUCGCAUCCGGAAGUCGACCGCGCUCGUACCGCGAAAGGGAUCUACUGCCCUCCAUCGCGCGUCCAAAGGAGAAGAAGCAGAAGAAAGCACGACAGGGCACACGCAAGAGCAGUCGAGCGUCCACGUCUGCUAGAACAAAGUACACCGACUGGGACUCGGAUGAAGCGAACGACUCGGACGCCUACGUGCCUCGAUGGCGAGGCGGCAGCGCUUCCGGACAGAACAACGACAACAGCAUCGGCGGUGAAAAUGAAGACAGCGACGGAGCCGACGGAAGCCGUGGAUCGCGGACUUUCGACUUGUCUGGUCGGCCCAUCCUGCAAAAGCUCUCGAAUCCUGCUCCUCCUCUACUACCUUCGUCCGGAGGAGAUGAGAUCUAUGAGACGGAAAUGCCGUUGCCUUCACGCGAGUUUAUCGCCAACGGAAAGGGUCGAGGUGCUCUGGUGUUUGAAAAGGAGUUCUCCCAAUUUCGGCCCAACGUCACGCCAGACGAGAUGCUUCGGGAGGGUGCAUUUGGUGGAACAGCUUUCCGCGACUACUAUUCUCGAGUGCUUCAACGACCAAUAGACGUCGAAGCCGAGUUGGACGAACUGCCAGAGCACUGGCUCGAAAACCUCGACGUGGACGACAUGCUCAGGCGACCGCAGCUCGACCCAUCGCGCAACAAGUUCAGGGUCAAGGCGGGACAGUCGCUCGAAGACUGGGAAAAGGCAGGUUGGAUCCGGCCACUCGACCCACGCGGCUGGUUCCAGUGGUACUACCGCUUCUUCCUGGGGCGCAGGUCGGCCGACGACGCUCGUCAGAUUUCGCGCUGGCUCAAAGCGUGUGGACCGGGUGGCCGCUUUCGCAAGUCGCUGGCAGUCAACGUGGCGGCCAAAGGUGGACGUUGGGACGAUCCCAAAGUGAAUCCAGUGGUAAGGCAGACACUGUGGCAGUGGGGGUAUGAGCUGACCGAGUCCGAUUAUCAGGCUUACCUCUAG